CAAAACAGACCAUGGCCCGAAACGAAGUAGCGCAGUUGCCACAAGAACUGCCCCUACCGGCCGGCUCUGGUGCGAUCUGUCCAGCGCCAGCGCAUCAGAAUAAACACCAGCUAAGAGUCACCGUCAUCGUCGGCAUGUCCUGCGCCCUCUCCAUCUCCGCGGUCACCUUCGUCAUUAUCUGGCUCUUGGUCCGGCUGGGCGAUGACGCCGACGGCGAUGACACCGUCCUCCCGGAGACCGCCUUCUGCUGCCCCGGCGAGGCGGCCGAACUGUUCGCCAUCAUCGACAACCAGGUGGCGCCCUGCAACGACUUCUUCGCGUACGUCUGCAGGAACGCCACGGACAAGGACUUAACGCAGCAGAACGCCGUGCAUGACAUUUUGUGGAACAUCAAUGCCCACAUCAUUACGGGCACCUCGAACUACGGUGUGAAAGCCGCUGCAACACUUCAGGCGUUCUACACAUCGUGCAUCAAGGAGAUAUGGCAGCCACAUCUUCGACUGAGAGACACCCUGACGGCCGUUUUUGACAUCGCCAGCAUCUCGAAGAGAAUGAGCCACGCCCAACUUCUACGCUUCGCCCUGGAAGUGCAGACCCGGUACAAUCUUUUUUUCUACUUCGACGUUUACCUCGACGAAGGUGUCACCUACUUCAUAAGGAACUUGGCCAGGCUCUCUGAAUUCGAGCAUAUUUGCGACGACGCUUGCAAUGCCACCGUUCUUUCCUCAGUCAACGCGUACUUGGACGCAAACUGCACAAACAAGCAAAUCACCGCGUGGGAGAAUCUGUUUUCGGAAGACGACUCUCCACGGGAUGAAGUCGCAUGGGCCGAGGUCACCAUGGCCUUCGGAGGCAUGGAAGCUGAGCAGUUGAAAGCCAUAUUACUCGAGUUCUUUAUCGACGUCGACAUCAAUAAAUUUGCAAUUGUGUACUCCAAGGCGGAGCUGUUCGCCGACGUAGCACGUCUUUGGAAUGUCGCGAAUCAGCCCCUAUCGCUAUGUCACGCACUGAUGAUGGUCGCACUUUCUGCAUUGGACGGGAUCGUCACCGAUGGCCCAGACUUAAAGUCGCCCACUCUGCGUAGCGGAGAAGCCUGCCUGCUUCACCUCCGCAGAAGCGUCCAGUUGUUGCGCGCCACUUACGUCGCGGCCCUCACGAGCCCCGAGAAGGACCGCCAACUGAGCUCAAUCUUUGAGGCCACACGCCGGAGUUUCAUCGGUUACGAGCCGCUUCGAGAGCUCGUGGCAACCGGAAACGACACAGCGAACUUCGAGAAUCUAAUGCGCAGCAUGACCCUCAUGCUUCCGGGUGACCUCGUCCUGCGGGAAAUGAACGCGCCCGUGUUGAAUAACAGUGGUUUCGUGCGCAACAUUUUUCGUUUAACAAGGUUCGAACACGACACAAUAUUUGAGAAGCAGCGACGAGGGCUGCCCGUGCUCGCGGAGGCUUGGCUAGAAUAUACGCCAGAACGAAUGCUGUUCGUGAACCCGAGGACACUCUACGUGACUGCGCCUGCGUAUGCCUGGCUGAGCUCCGGUACCGCCAAUCCUCUACUCGCGGAUGCGCCGGUGAUGGCGAGCCGCAUGGCGUCCUUGAUGUGGAGCAGCGUCCGCCAAUGGGAUGGGUGGUCUUCAAGGACACAGAUCGCGCUACAGUCCUUUCAGGAUUGCGUGCAGCAGUCGGAGAGCCUUUCCGUGUACCAUGACGAAGAGGACCUGUUUACACUUACCAUGGGCCUGCGGAUAGCUGCGAUUGUCGCCGCCGCGAGCUAUGCCGGCGGGGAUCCCGCAAGGACCGAGUGGUUUCGAAUGAAACUCGCCUGGUGCCUUGAACGCAUGUCCGAGGCGCAGUUCUUCUACGCCCGUUACGCCUACUUUCGAUGCAGCGUAGACGGCAGUCGUGAUUUGGUGAACGGGGCUAUCAGGCACAGCACAGACUUCUCCAUCGCGUUCCAAUGCCAGCCGAUGAGGAACGUCGGGAACGAGAGCGGCUGCUCCGACUUUGCCACGACGCGCGCCGAUUUCUGACGUCCAAGUGUCACUGGUGCCUUGUUCGUCAACGUCCUUUUUUAGGACUGGCACAAGGCGCUUCUUCUAGCUGGCACCACGCAACGUUACAAACAUCGUGAUAGUAUUUUUCAUAUAUAUACAAGAAUGCUACAAAAAAUACAUAUUGCACCUGAAUAAAUCAUGUUGGCUAUAGCUGACCAUGUUA